CGCCAUGGCGGGCGAGGGCAGCGGGUACCGGCUUCGUUGCUCCCUGGUGGGGCAUGGGCAGGACGUGCGGGGCCUGACCCGCGGCCUUUUUCCCCCGGGCGGUUUCGUGUCCGUUUCCCGGGACCGAACUGCGCGGCUCUGGGCUCCUGACGGUCUUAACAGGGGUUUUACUGAAAUGCACUGUAUGAGUGGCCACUCAAAUUUUGUAUCUUGUGUGUGCAUCAUACCUCCAAGUGACCUCUAUCCUCGUGGGCUGAUUGCAACUGGUGGCAAUGAUCAUAAUAUUUGCAUUUUCACAGUUGACAACCCAGCUCCUCUUUACACCCUUAAGGGUCAUAAGAACACAGUUUGCAGCCUUUCAUCUGGGAAAUUUGGUACAUUAUUAAGUGGAUCAUGGGAUACAACAGCCAAGGUCUGGUUGAAUGACAGAUGUAUGAUGACAUUACAGGGUCACACAGCUGCAAUAUGGGCAGUGAAAAUACUGCCUGAACAGGGAUUAAUGUUGACUGGUUCAGCUGACAAAACUAUUAAACUGUGGAAGGCAGGCAGAUGUGAAAGAACUUUCACUGGACAUGAAGACUGUGUGAGAGGUUUAGCUAUUCUCAGUGAAAUGGAAUUCCUUUCCUGUGCUAAUGAUGCUACUGUUCGAAGAUGGCAGAUCUCUGGCGAGUGUUUGCAGGUGUAUUAUGGACAUACAAAUUAUAUAUACAGCAUCUCUGUCUUCCCUCAAUGUAAAGAUUUUAUAACUACUGGAGAGGAUAGAUCUCUUAGAAUCUGGAAACGAGGAGAAUGUGCUCAAACUAUCAGACUUCCAGCUCAGUCUGUAUGGUGCUGCUGCGUGUUAGACAAUGGGGAUAUCGUAGUUGGUGCAAGUGAUGGAAUUAUAAGGGUGUUUACAGAGUCUUUGGAACGUACAGCAAGUGCUGAGGAGAUUCAAGCUUUUGAAAAUGAGCUUUCCCAAGCAUCCAUUGACCCUAAAACUGGUGAUUUAGGAGAUAUUAAUGCUGAUGACCUUCCUGGAAGAGAACAUCUUAAGGAUCCUGGAACAAGAGAUGGACAGACACGUCUUAUUAAAGACAAUGGGAAAGUAGAAGCAUAUCAGUGGAGCGUUAGUGAAGGAAGAUGGAUAAAGAUUGGUGACGUUGUUGGUUCUUCUGGAGCCACACAACAAACAUCUGGAAAAGUUUUAUUUGAAGGAAAGGAGUAUGACUAUGUUUUCACUAUUGAUGUAAAUGAAAGUGGGCCUUCCUACAAACUGCCAUAUAACAUCACUGAUGAUCCUUGGCUGACGGCAUACAACUUCCUGCAAAAGAAUGAUCUAAAUCCUAUGUUUCUGGAUCAGGUGGCCAAGUUUAUUAUGGACAACACUAAAGGGCAAACUCUGCUGAGUACAAGUGCUCAAUAUUCAGAUCCAUUUACAGGUGCUGGACGUUAUGUUCCAGGCUCUUCAUCUGGAUCAAGUACAAUACCUGGAGCAGAUCCAUUUACAGGUGCUGGCCGCUAUGUUCCUGGUUCAGCAUCAAAUGCAGCCACUCCAGUGGGUGGGGUUGAUCCUUAUACAGGAAAGGGUGCCUACCAAUCAGCUGCAGCUAAAGUUGAAAAUAUUUAUUUUCCGAAGAUGGAUGCUGUCACAUUUGACCAGGCCAAUCCUACACAGAUACUUGGCAAAUUAAAGGAACUCAAUGGCAGUGCAACUGAAGAACAUAAGCUUACAGAAGAUGACUUGAUAAUCCUAGAAAAGUUACUGUCUACAACAUGCAACAACUCCACAGAAACACCUACAGCACAGCAACUUGAGACUUUAUGGAGAGCCAUUAACUGGCCUGAAGAUAUUGUCUUCCCAGCCCUAGACAUUCUUAGAUUGUCUGUCAGGCAUCCCACUGUGAAUGAGAACUUCUGCAGUGAAAAGGAUCACGUACAAUUUAUCGUCCUUCUCCUUAAAUUUCUGAACCCUAAAGGGAAGCAAGCAAACCAGCUGUUGGCACUUAGAGCUCUUUGCAAUUGUUUUGUCAGCCAGGCAGGCCAGAAGCUCAUGAUGGAACAGAGGGGUGAAAUCAUGACUCAAGCAAUAGAAAUGAAAUCAGGCACUAAUAAGAAUAUCCACAUUGCACUUGCCACGCUGACGCUGAACUACGCUGUAUGUUUACAUAAAGUCAACAACAUUGAGGGCAAAGCUCAAUGUUUGUCAGUAAUCAGCACAGUUAUGGAAGUCGUUCAAGAUCUUGAAGCCGUUUUUAGACUGCUUGUCGCUCUUGGGACGCUAAUCAGUGAUGAUACAAGUGCUGUGCAAUUAGCUAAGUCUCUUGGAGUUGACUCUCAAAUAAAAAAGUAUGCCUCUGUAUCAGAACCGGCUAAAGUAAAGGAGUGCUGUAGGUUUGUUCUUAAUCUGCUAUAAUUGUUUGUUUUCCUUAGCAAUUGGGAGACACAAUGUAUGCCGAAAAAAAAAAAAGAUACUUUUGUUCAUAUUUUGUGACAGACUAUAAUUGGGGAUGAAUUACACUUGAUUUGUUGCAAGAUACAGAGCAAAUAAAACUUUUUUCACUGUUUGUCAUUUGACUGCUUUUCUGAAGUCUGUAGUGCACAGGAUCUUUGCAAGAAGUACUUCUAACAUAGCUUAGAUCAAAGUAAAUCACCAGGAUGUCAAACUGUCUCAGUAUUUAAAGGUCAUCUAUAUGGAAAUGUAGGAGAUGGCUGUGAUUGGGUGACUGUCAACUCCGAUGCCUACCCCAACCAUGUUUCUGUGUUUAAGUGCCAUGAGUCUGUUUCUUGACUGUGUUUUUUUUUGUUAGCAGACAAGGGGCCCUGAGAACUGUUAAGUUCAACCGUGCUUUUCACAACCAACCUUUUUCGUUAAUACUGGUUAAUAUUAACCCUUGUCAAAUAUCCUGGUAAGAGAAUGGCUUGUACCUAAUUUUUCAUCAGCUUUUUUUCCACUUCCUUUUUGAAACCUAGCUGUUUUAUGACUCUUACUGUUUUUAACUUAGAAUUAGGUGACUUUUUGAGGGGUAGACUCUUUAACUGCCGUAUAGAUGUCAUGCUUCACUGAUAAGUGAAUAUCUUUUAGCUUGUAAAAUGGCGUGACCUUCUACAAAAGCUUUUACAUGACUUUUGACUUAAACGACAGGAAUAUUACAUCAGUUGAUAGCAAGUGUCUUACUCUAUGUUGUAAAAUAUUAGAUGAUGUAAAAGGAAAAAAAAAAAGAGUCAUCCUGAAGAGUGGGAGAGAAAUUUAGGUAUGGAGAACAGAUUGAGCAGCAGAAACUGGAACAGUCUUCCUAAAGAGAUGGUUGAUGUCCCCAGCCUGUCAGCGUUUAACAGGCAUUUGGACAAAUGCCUUUCAUUUGUGUUAACUUUUGGACAGCCCUGAGUGGUCAGGCAGUUGACUAGAUGAUCAUUAUAGGUCCCUUACAUCUGAAAUACUCUGUUUUAAACUGUAAAAAUGUAAAGUCAAGUUUUAUGAAGUAGCUUUAAUAUUACUGUGGUGACUAUUCGAGCAGAUCUAAGAAGUUCAGCUCAAAAUGGGGAUGUUAUUUCUUACUACUGUAAAUGUUACACUUUGGUUUAGAAUUAAGAUGAAGCCAAGAUGUCCAUGUUCAAAGUUACAUUCUUCAUUGACUAAUAGAAUGGCUUUUCUGGCAUGUGGGCUCUUCAUGACAUGGUACCUGUCUGCCUCAUCAGUGUCAGACAGGAAGGGUUUUGUGACCAAGAGCUCUAACUUUUUUUGUUCCAUCUAACUGAACUGUCUGAAUUACUGCACUUGCUUCCAGCAAACCUUGCUUGUCAAACUCUUAGUUGCACACUUGUACUGUUAUACUUCUGAUGAAUUUCCAGAUGCAUACCCUCAGAGUCUUGAUCAUGGCUUAGUUGCAGGUUUUCUCAUUUGAUCCAUUGCAGGUUGAUGUAUGAGGCAAUCCAAAAGAUUAUUCAAGAUUUACAGUGCUUAACAAUAGAUCAGUCCCUUCCUGGGAAAACAUCUAAGAAGCUACCUUUAGGAAACAUGUCUGUGAAAUAAUGUGCCUGUCUGUUGAAUUUUGGUUGCCUACUAUAAAAUUGUUCUUGAAGCUUUAGCUUUUUAAUGUUGUGCUCUUUAACUGUGUUUGUACAUGUGCUAUUUUAAGAAAUUAUAUUCAUCUAACAUUUUGGUUUUGUUAUUGUGGGAUUGCUCUGUUACAGAUUACCUCUUUACGUGAUAAUUGUCAUUAAUUUCCUAGACCAAAAAUUAUGUUUAUAUUAAUAAACAUAUUCUGGCAACUCAAA